CUCGCGAGGACAGCUUAAUUCGUCGCGAGAAAAGAAAGGAUUAGCAAAUGGAGAUGACAGUCAUGGUCGCUGUUUGAACGCUGAAAGGUGCAGCGCAGAGAGCCGGCCAUGUCUGAAUCUCUGUACGAGAAGUUUCUGGCCCCAGAGGAGCCGUUCCCUCUCCUCUCCCAAAGAGCCAACCUCAGCGAUGUGGGAACGCUGGACGUCAGCGAGUUCAGCUGUCAGCUCUCGUCUUGUCACAGAACAGACCCUCUGCACCGUUUCCACAGCAACAGGUGGAACCUCACUUCCUGUGGGACCAGCGUAGCCAGCUCCGAGUGCAGCGAGGAGCUCUUCUCCUCCGUGUCGGUCGGCGAUCAGGACGACUGCUACUCCCUGCUGGACGACCAGGAACUGACGUCCCUGGAUCUGUUUCCGGAGGGCAGCGUCUGCAGCGACGUCUCCUCCUCCAUCAGCACAUACUGGGACUGGUCCGACAGCGAGUUUGAGUGGCAGUUGCCGGGAAGCGACUUUGCCAGCGGCAGCGACGUCCUCUCCGACAUAAUCCCAAGCGUGCCGAGUUCACCGUGUCUGUUCUCCAAGAGGAAACCGAAAUCACACACCCACCGCAACCUGGACGAGCUGCCCUGGAGCGCCAUGACCAACGAUGAGCAAGUGGAGUACAUCGAGUAUUUGAGUCGGAAGGUGAGCACAGAGAUGGGCCUGAGGGAGCAGCUGGACAUCAUCAAGAUCAUCGACCCGUGCGCUCAGAUCUCUCCCACCGACAGCGAGUUCAUCAUCGAGCUCAACUGCCUCACCGACGAGAAGCUCAAACAGGUGCGGAGCUACAUCAGGGAGCACAGCCCCCGGCUGAGAGCCGGCAGCACCAGGGAGGGCUGGAAGAGGAGCAGCCACAGCAGCGCCAGCACCGGCGGGGUGAGCGGCGUCAGCAGCAGCAGCAACGCCAGCAUGGUCAGCUCCGCCAGCUCCUCCGCGGGCUCCACGGCCUCCAACUCCAUGGCCGGUGGCACCGCCUCAGCCUGCAGCGGGAGCAACAUCAGCAGAGCUCACAGCGACGGAAACCUGUCCAGCGCCGCCGAACGCAUCCGAGACUCUAAAAAGCGAUCGAAGCAGCGGAAGCUUCAGCAGAAAGCGCUCCGCAAGCGUCAGCUGAAGGAGCAGCGGCAGGCGCGUAAGGAGCGCCUGAGCGGCCUCUUUAUGAACGAGGAGGUGCUGUCGCUACGGGUGACGGAGGAGGACGACCACGGAGACGACCUGGACAUACUGAUGUGACACCAGUGAACCAAUCAGUGCUCCCUCUAGGCCUGCAAGCUUUCCACCUAACCCGACGCGUUUCGUGCGCUUGGCAGUGUUUCGCUUCCAGUGGUCCUAUGAGUUUAGUUUGACAUGCUAGUGCUUCUACUGCAAUGCUGUAAUGACGCUGCUGACGCUUUGAGAAAAUACCGAUCACGGUUUAGCCUGCUUAGCACCACAGGCUAGCUGACACCCAGCUAGCAACAAGAGGGCUGCUGCUUAGAAAAGCUUUUAUCAGCUGAUGCUACUAGAACCACAACAGACAGGAGGGCAGAUCAGGAAUCACUUUUUGUUUUUUCUACAAAACGCUCCAUGAAAACAUUAUUUUUCUUUUCCUCGGCAUAUUUGAAGUUGCAGUAUGUAACUUUUUAAAUGUUUUUGUUUUACAUAUUUGUUAAAACUGUCUGUGUCAUGACAAUGUGGUACGAGAAAGGAAGAAAUCAAGCUCCGCCCACCAUCUGCCAAAAAACAACCAAUCAGGGGCCGGAGGAGGGUCUUAUUGCUGUCAGUCGUGCUUGUGUGUCCACUUGCUGAAUGUGCUAAUGGCUGAAACAUUUUUCUUUUUUAAACAAUAGACUUCAUUACAAUAAAACCCUACAAACGUAAUGGCAAUGACCAUUUUACAUUUAACAUUAUUUUUGAGAUAAUAUAUCUUAAAUACUCCCCACUGAUUAAUAAUACACUUGACAAAAGUAUAAACAAUUGGGCUAACUAAUGAUGGCAUUCAUGACAGAGUGCAAGGGGGAACUUUAAGCAGUAUGUAUACAGGAUUGAUUGACAGCACUAAGACCCUCCUCUUGGUCCUGAUUGGUUGUUUCUGAGUGGUGUAUUUCUGCAGUGAGUACUGGGGAAAAAGGCAGAAGAGUUAAUUUAUUUUUCACAGGUUAUGCUUCUCAUACUAUCACGACAUGCUAACAGUUUUAUCAAACAUGUAGAAAUAUUUUUAGAAAGGUUUACGUGCAGCUUUAAAUCACAUCUUCAGACGACAUGCUCGGGUUGCAGCAGCAAACGAUGCAGUUCUGCACCAUGUUUUGUGACAUGAACACAGACGGACUGCAGUCCGGGUUCAACUUACUGUACCUGUGGGCGGUCUCUGUUUUCUAUUUCCAUUUUGUUCAGAGCUGAAAACAAACGGUUCUUCAUUCCAGAGGUUUCAAAGGAAGUGAGCUGGUCUGUCUUUCUCUCCGCUGAGGUGCUGCAGCCUCAUUUUCACCAGGGCUUAGAGGGAGCACUGAAACCCUGCAUGUUUUAACCGCUCUUCCCCCCAUGGGCCAGGAAUUAGUUCGUUUUAUAUCCCACGUUUACUAAAAUGGCUCAUAUUUCUUGUAAAUAGUAACUCUAACAUCCUGCUUUGGUGGCGGCUUCAGCUCAGUUUGCUUUGGGUGAAAUUAUUGGUUAUUAGAGCUUUGAGUGUUUAUAUUUGUCCCUUAUUAUGCUUAUGUUGCCGUUUUGGUGGCAUUUCAUCACAUUCAGACGUUUGUUUUCGGGUGAGCGCUCUCAAUGAUUUGAGUCAAAAAUGUCAGCAGACAUAAAAUUGUAAUCUCCUACUUUUUCACAUUUCUGCUCAACAAAAUGUUGAUGCGGCGCCACAAAAACAACCUCAUUGGAAAACUGAAGCUAUUGUUUUAAUUUUUUUAGAUUUAGCCUCUUUGUGUUUAUAUUUUUUUGUUUCUCUCUGUUACGUUGCGACUCUUUCACGCCUCCUGAGCUGUAAGGUGUUUAAACCGCUGCGGUUACUGGCACACGCCUCUGCUGUUUGUCAUUUAUUUGAAAUGUUACUGUUCAUAUAUAUAAAGAUCUAAAUUAAAACCGGUAUGUUUUAAAAACAGGAUUUAUGUCUUCUGCAGCAUUGAAAAAUAUUAAGAUUCUAUUUUGGAAAUUGAAAUAAUUUUGAAGAAAUGUGAUUUAAAAUGAAAAAAAGUGUGUUGAAUAAGGUACCAAGAACUGCUGAAAAAUAAAUUAGCUUAAAAUCAAA